AUGCAUUUUAAACCCCCGGUCUUGAAAGUACUCCUCGCAAUCAUAUGUACUGCCUUAGCUGCGCCUCUAACCCACUUUCACCACCCUGCAACUGCAGCGGUUCCCAACUACGAUCAUCUUGUGAACACAACUCGUCAUGCCGAGGAUAAACGCCAGCUUCAAGUCCUUGUCGAUGCAGUUGCCAUCGCCAGGGUCGUGGUAACCAUCGCUGACGCCCUCUUGAAGCUGGUCGACGGCAUUGAAGACCUUGUGAAUCAGCACCCAAUCGAAAGCAAUUUCACGCAGAGCACGGUCUCAAAAUUAAGGGACGUCUAUCCGACGAUGAAUGUGAUUGUCUUCCAUAACAAAAAGUCUGGCUACGAUUUUUACGGCGGUAACCAUACACAUUACGAAUUGGAUAUCGGAUGGGGCAAGACGGAAGGCUAUGAGACCUGGAUUUUCAACCACGGCACCUCUGAACGCGCCGGUGAGGCCCGACGUCAAGUUUUAUAG